GGCGGCGGCGACUGCGACGGGCGCGCUGUAGGGGCGGCAUCAUGGCGGACGUGCUGAGCGUAGGUGUGAACCUGGAGGCCUUCGCCCAGGCCAUCAGCGCCAUCCAGGCGCUGCGCUCGAGCGUGAGCCGUGUGUUCGACUGCCUCAAGGAUGGCAUGCACAACAAGGAGACGCUGGAGGGCCGCGAGAAGGCCUUUAUCGCGCACUUCCAGGACAACCUGCACUCGGUCAACCGGGACCUCAACGAGCUGGAGCGUUUGAGCAACUUGGUGGGCAAACCGUCAGAGAACCACCCCCUCCACAACAGUGGGCUGCUCAGCCUGGACCCCGUGCAGGACAAGACUCCACUCUAUAGCCAGCUCCUGCAGGCAUACAAAUGGUCAAACAAGUUGCAGUACCAUGCGGGACUGGCUUCUGGCCUGUUGAACCAGCAGUCCCUGAAGCGCUCUGCCAACCAGAUGGGCGUGUCUGCCAAGCGGAGGCCCAAGGCUCAGCCCACCACGCUGGUGCUACCGCCGCAGUACGUGGACGAUGUGAUCAGCCGCAUUGACAGGAUGUUCCCAGAAAUGUCUAUCCACUUAUCCAGGCCCAACGGGACAUCAGCCAUGCUUCUGGUGACCUUGGGGAAGGUGCUGAAGGUGAUCGUCGUCAUGCGGAGCCUCUUCAUCGACCGCACCAUAGUGAAGGGCUAUAACGAGCGUGUCUGCACCGAAGACGGCAAGCUUGAUAUAUGGUCCAAGUCCAACUACCAAGUGUUUCAGAAGGUCACUGACCAUGCCACCACAGCUCUGCUGCAUUACCAGCUCCCACAGAUGCCCGACGUUGUGGUCCGCUCCUUCAUGACCUGGCUUCGAAGCUACAUCAAGCUCUUCCAGACCCCAUGCCAGCGCUGUGGGAAGUUCCUCCAGGACGGCCUGCCCCCCACGUGGAGGGACUUCCGCACCCUUGAAGCCUUCCACGACACCUGCCGUCAGUGACGUGGUGUCUCCGUCUCCGUCCAGCUGAAAUGACCCGCAGAGCCCAGCUGCCAUGGAUCCUCUAUCCAGCACCUGU